UCUCAGAGUUUAUAAAUGUUCAAGACGAGACGCAGGGCGCAGCAGUUUCUCGUUAUUGCCGCUGACGAUAGCGGUCCACACGAUAUGCAGCGAUACGGAUAUGGUUUAGCAUUAGCUCUAAGCCUGAGCCUGAUCUUUGCUUGUACUGGCAAACAGAACGAUUCAACGCUACAGCUCCGUCCAUAUAGUCAUACGAUUCUGAAUGGCAGCAGCAGCAGCAGCAAUGUCUGGUCGGAGAAGGACUUGGAAGUGACAGUCACGGCAAGCGAUCGCGUUCCGAUUGACAGACAUGAAGCACAGCUGGCGCACAGCUCUGUCAUCUAUGGGUUAGCAGAAGUGGCCAACACGAGCAACGUGAAUGCCAUCUGCCAUGCGCAGUUGAAGCACGUGCAGCGAGGGAUCCUCAACAAACAGCCUUGGGCUAUGAAAGUGCUUGAUGCCUCUGGCGCCAAGUCUUCGGGUUUUGUUUUUGGCCAAAACUAUUGGCUGGGCAGUCGGGAGGGCUGCAGCAGCGUGCAGCGACCGAUGGCAAUAACGUUAUCCAAGAACUAUGAGCGUAUUAUGCACCAUGGCCUCAUAACGCAGCAGGCGCCCUUUGGCAUGGACUAUCGUGUGGUCUAUUUGCGACACAAUUCGCCCUGGCAGGUGGAAAUAAAGCUAAUGUCCGAACAAAUCCUACACAUUGGCCUGUGCCUGCCCAGCGUGUGCCAGUCGAGCGAGAUCCAGCAGCUGACCAGAGAUUAUGUUGCGGGCAGCUUCAAGGAGAACGACAUCUUUGAGCUGCAGCCCGAGGUGCUAUAUGUAAAGGAUCUGAAGCUGCGCGACGUUUUCUAUGAUCGAUUGAGUUUCAAGCUUGUCGUCGGCUUUGUGCUGGCCACCUGCGCUUUCAUGCUCUGCGCCCAGCAGCUCAGCGUGGCCAAGCAGCUGCCGCCGGAGGGGCAUGAGGAUGGUGUCGGUCUGGCGCCAGUUGAAUCGGAAAUAUGGAGAGCUUUGCACUCUAUGCUGCAGUGGCGUCCGUUGCAAAGCUUUGUCAGCUGCUACGAUGUGGUUAGCAAUUGGCGAAGAAUCUUUGCCACGCGCGAGAGCAGCCCCUCGCAGAUACCCUUGCUCAAUGGACUGCGUUCCGUGUGUGCCAUUUGGAUAUUGAUAUUUCAUGUCGUUUGGUUUAUGUACUUUACGGUGCACAACAAAACGGAGCUCAUAUCCUAUGCCGAGCAGAUCUUCUUCCAGUAUGUUUCCUCCGCGCCACUGCUGGUGGAUGUCUUCUUUACCAUCAGUGGCUUCCUGCAGACCUACAAUUUUCUGCGCAACGUCAAACAAAUGGAGGCAGUGCGUCAAAAUGGUCUUAUGGCCAAUACCAAGCUCUUUGGCAAGCUGCUCUUCCAUCGCUACCUGCGACUGGGCCCGCUUUACAUCAUUAUCAUUGGCAGCGUGGAUUUGGUAUUCGCUUACAUUGGCGACACUUCCGUUUACCACAUUCAUGAGCGCUUCGAUGAGCUGUGCGCCCGGCAUUGGUGGCGCAAUCUGCUUUUCAUACAGAAUCUCUUUGAUCUGCAGGACAUGUGCGUCAAUUGGAGCUGGAGCGUGGCUUGCGAUAUGCAAUUCUUUUUGUUGGCCAAUGCGAUUUUGUUCCUCUAUGCCAAACGUCCCAAGUGGGCGCGACUUGUUGCAGUCGCUGGCUUGCUGGCAACCAUCACCUGGUCCUAUAGCAUUGGCAUCAAUUCCAAGUUUGAGUUCUCCUUCGAUACGGUCUAUGGCACGGGCACACAGAUCUAUAUAAGUCCGUUUGUUCGGGUGCUGCCCUAUAUUGUUGGCUCCAUGGCCGCCUGGUGCUUCCUGAAGCGCCGUCUGCGAUGCAAGUUGAGCGAUAUGCAGCAGCGCUGGCUCUGGCACUUCUGCCUGCUGGUCUUCUUCAUUUGCAUCUACUCGACCGUCAAGCGUGACUUUGGCCAUCUGGUUACCAUCUCAUUGUUUGUACUGGGCCGAGUGGCCUUCUCGCUAAGUGUUUGCUGGAUGAUUGUUGGCAGCGCCACGGGGCGUGGCGUUUGGUGGUCUCGCUUGUUGGAGGCACGAUGCUUUCAGCAUAUGAAUCGGUUGUCCUAUGCCAUUUAUUUGCUAAAUCCCAUGGUGAUUGCACUCGUCUACGGCCUGACAAACUCCAGCACUCAUGCGGAUCCCUUAAUGCUGUGCGUUGUCUCCUGCGGCUUCACAGUGAUUGUUUACCUGACGUCCAUUGUCUUUUCAAUGGCAUUCGAGCUGCCAUACAGCAACUUGUCCAGUUUGUUGUUGAGUAAACCAAAAACUACCUAACUUGUGAUCAUCUGUUCU